UUUACCCAUUAAAAUACUGGAGUUUGGUUUGAUAGGAUGUAUUAGAUAAAAUAAGAUAUGUAUGAGUUGUGAUAUUUUUAAUAUUUUGUUCGAUAAUGUUUUUAAGAUCAGUAGUAUUAAGUGUAUAAUUCCCACAUUCAAAAGAGAUUUAUCUACUUUGUUCAUAAAACAACGGGAGUUAAAAGAAGUUGAUGGGACCCAUUACUGAUCGAUCCUAGGUGGCAGUGACAUGGCUCAAUCAACAUAUAACUUUGUUGCUUAUAUUAAAGAGUCUUCCAAGUGUAACUUGAAGUGUGCAGCAGUUUUCACUUCACAAUGGAGACACCACUGCUCAAUGGCUACUCCAGUGACCACAACCAGCUCCUUGGCAUCGACGGGGACUACCGGCCAGCAAAAAGUUUAAAGGAUUGGUGGGCAAUUUUCUGCGUGGAGACAGUGAAGUUGUGGAGGAUAGGGGGUCCUAUAGCGUUCAACAUAAUAUGUCAAUAUGGAGUAAAUUCCCUUACCAAUAUAUUUGUUGGACAUCUUGGAAAUAUUGAGCUCUCUGCUAUUUCUAUUGCUCAGACUGUUAUUAGUACUUUCUCUUUUGGCUUCAUGAUGGGAAUGGGGAGUGCGUUGGAGACACUAUGUGGACAGGCCUAUGGAGCAGGACAAGUUCACAUGUUAGGCGUUUAUAUGCAACGCUCCAUCAUAAUCCUGCUUGCGACUUGUGUCAUUCUCUUGCCCAUGUACUUAUUCGCAACUCCAGUGCUCGAGUUGCUAGGCCAGGAAACUGCAAUCGCUGAACUCUCUGGAAGAUAUACCAUGUUUCUCAUCCCCCAAUUGUUUUCACUUGCCAUCAAUUUCCCUACUUCCAAAUUUCUUCAAGCUCAGAGCAAAGUGGAUGUGCUCGCUGGGAUUGGGUUGGCAGCUGUGCUGGCGCACGCUGUGUUUCUCUGGAUCUUUAUUUAUACACUUGAAUGGGGUACCACUGGUGCUGCUAUAGCCUUUGAUCUCACGAACUGGCUUACUGCAAUAGCUCAAUUAGGAUAUGUUGUUGGAUGGUGUAAGGAUGGGUGGAAGGGAUUAUCUUGGGCAGCGUUCAACGAGAUUUGGGCAUUCGUGAGACUCUCCAUUGCUUCAGCUGUUAUGUUAUGCCUUGAGAUUUGGUAUAUGAUGAGUAUUAUCCUCCUUGUUGGGCAUCUUAACAACGCCGUGAUAGCAGUUGGUUCCAUUUCGAUAUGCAUGAACAUCAAUGGAUGGGAGAACAUGCUUUUUAUUGGAAUUAAUGCUGCUAUCAGCGUGCGAGUCUCAAAUGAACUCGGGCUAGGACAUCCUAGAGCUACCAAAUACUCAGUCUACAUGACAGUGUUUCAGUCCCUCCUAAUUGGGAUACUUUGCAUGGUAAUUGUACUAGUAGCUAGAGAUCAUCUGGCCAUUAUCUUUUCAAGCAGCAAGGAGAUGCAAAAAGCUGUUGCUGAUCUUGCUUUCCUUCUAGGGAUCACUAUGGUUCUUAAUAGUGUUCAGCCCGUCAUAUCAGGGGUUGCUAUUGGAGGUGGAUGGCAAGCUUUAGUGGCUUAUAUCAAUCUUGGUUGCUACUACAUUUUUGGACUCCCUCUAGGAUAUCUUCUUGGUUAUGCAGCAAAAUUGGGAACAAAGGGACUUUGGUUAGGGAUGAUAGCAGGGGCAGCUUUGCAGACCUUUAUACUCUUGAUUAUACUGUAUAAGACUAAUUGGAGCAGGGAGGUUGAAGAUACGACAGAGCGUAUGCGCAAGUGGGGAGGGCAAGAUUUUCAGAUACAGAAAACUAACGAUGGACAGUUAGCUAUUGAGAAUGGUGUAGCUUAAGUUUAUGAUUGAUGAAAUCUGUGUUUUCAUGUCUAUGGUUUAAUUUCAUUUAAAUUUUACAAGAAAGUGUGAAAUUGUACGAUAUGGUUGUUGGCGAUUUUGAGAAAUUCAGAAUUGUAAAUUUAAGCUAGCCCCAAAGAAAUGUUUACUACAAUUGUUCUUGGCGUCUUCACUGGCGGCUGGCAAAUUUAUCUAUUGGAAGCACUUAUUUUCCAAUGUUUUUGGAGGUCCAA